CGUUGCGCGGCCCGGGCCGGAAGUCUGCGAGUUCCUGGGUGUGUGUGUCUGUGUCUGUGUCUCGCCGCGGCGCGCGGUCGCCGACGAGCGCUUGGGGAUUCCAGUCUGAGGCGUCACUACUGUCACUGCCAUCAUCACGCCCCCGGAGCCACUUUCAGAGGGGACUGGACCUGGCCUUUCGCCAGGCAAAGAAGAUGUUGCCCCUGUCCAUCAAAGACGAUGAAUACAAACCACCCAAGUUCAAUCUGUUCGGCAAGAUCUCCAGCUGGUUUAGGUCUAUCCUGUCGGACAAGACGUCCCGGAACCUGUUUUUCUUCCUGUGCCUGAACCUCUCUUUCGCUUUUGUGGAACUCCUCUACGGCAUCUGGAGCAACUGCUUAGGCUUGAUUUCCGACUCUUUUCACAUGUUUUUCGAUAGCACUGCCAUUUUAGCUGGAUUGGCAGCUUCGGUUAUUUCGAAAUGGAGAGAUAAUGAUGCUUUCUCUUAUGGGUAUGUUAGAGCUGAAGUUCUGGCUGGCUUUGUCAAUGGCCUAUUUUUGAUCUUCACUGCUUUUUUCAUUUUCUCAGAAGGAGUUGAGAGAGCAUUAGCACCUCCAGAUGUACACCAUGAGAGACUGCUACUUGUUUCAAUUCUUGGCUUUGUGGUGAACCUAAUAGGAAUAUUUGUUUUCAAGCAUGGAGGUCAUGGACAUUCUCAUGGAUCUGGCCAUGGACACAGUCAUUCCCUCUUUAAUGGUGCUCUAGACUCGGCACAUAGCCAUGGAGAUCACUGCCAUAGUCACGAAGUGAAACCUGGUGCUGCACAUAGCCAUGAUCAUGCUCAUGGACAUGGACAUUUUCAUUCUCAUGAUGGUCCCUCUUUAAAAGAAGCGCCAGGACCCAGCAGACAGAUUUUGCAAGGUGUAUUUUUACACAUUCUAGCAGAUACACUUGGGAGUAUCGGUGUAAUUGCCUCUGCCAUCAUGAUGCAAAAUUUUGGUCUGAUGAUAGCAGAUCCUAUCUGUUCAAUCCUUAUAGCUUUGCUUAUAGUUGUAAGUGUCAUUCCUCUCUUAAAAGAAUCUGUUGGAGUAUUAAUGCAGAGAACUCCUCCUUUGUUGGAAAAUACUCUGCCUCAGUGCUAUCAGAGGGUGCAGCAGUUACAAGGCGUUUACAGUUUACAAGAACAGCACUUCUGGACUUUAUGUUCUGAUGUCUAUGUUGGGACCUUGAAAUUAGUAGUAGCACCUGAUGCUGAUGCCAGGUGGAUUUUAAGCCAAACACAUAACAUUUUCACUCAGGUUGGAGUGAGACAGCUUUAUGUACAGAUUGACUUUGCAGCCAUGUAAUGAAUGAAAUUAUUUUACACUUUUCUUUUGGACCAAAUUUUUCUGGUACUGUACAAUUUAAAACAUUGUACCCAGCUUCUUAAAAUAGAGAAAGCAUCACUACAGCUCCCCAGCACCAAGUAGACCAGGUAGUAUCAGCUGUUCAUGUUCUACAGGGAGUUCACAGCUAAGGGAUGACAAGUAAGAGGAUAUUUCCCGGACUUUUGGUCUUGUCUUUUGUGCCCUCCCAUUGUAAACCAUUUUGAUUUCUGCUUUUGUUCCAGAGUGUUGGUUUUUGUGUCAGUGGUUUUUUUCUUUCUUUUUUUUUUUUAAUUCCUUCCUUGCUUUCCCUUUUUUUUUAAAUUUUUCUGCUGUUUUGUUUCAUGUUGAAUAUCUUCAUCCCCAUUCCCUCACCCCAGUCAGUAAGAAAUUCAGAUUGUGGGCCUCCAAUCAUCUGGAAUGUCUUUACUGAAGCUGCUGGAAACCACUGCUUUCAUUCCCACAAAACCAGUGUUAGUAGAAAAAAAAAAACAAAAGAAAAAAAAGAAAUGUUUUGUAUGUAAUGUCACAGUUGUUGA